AUGACUCAUGGAGAAGAGCUUGGCUCUGAGAUGCACCAGGAUUCUGUUGUUCUAACUUACCUAGAGGGAUUACUAAUGCAUCAAGCAGCAGGAGGCUCAGGUACUGCAGUUGACAAAAAGUCUACUGGACCUGGUGGAGAGGAUCAAAACUUUAAGAUUUCUGGAAAUAUAUUUCCCAGCUGUCAAAGUAAUGGUCCAGUUCUUAACACAAAUACGUAUCAGGGAUCUGGCAUGCUGCACCUCAAAAAAGCAAGACUGUUGCAGUCUUCUGAAGACUGGAAUGCAGCAAAGAGAAGGCGGUUGUCCGAUUCCAUUGUGGAUUUAGAUGGAAAAAAGGAAGCUUUGUUAGCUGGCAUGGUUGAAAAUGUGCCUAAAGGCAAACAGGAUAGCACAUUACUUGCCUCUUUGCUUCAGUCAUUCAGCUCUAGGCUGCAGAGUGUUGCUCUGUCACAGCAGAUUAGGCAGAGCCUUAAGGAGCAAGGGUAUUCUCUUAGCCACGAUUCUCUGCAAGUGGAGAAAGAUUUAAGGUGCUACGGUGUUGCGUCCAGUCACCUGAAGACUCUGCUGAAGAAGAGCAAAGCAAAAGAUCAGAAGCUGGACAACAGCCUGCCUGAUAUCACGAAGAACCUGCCCAAGGAGAGGUUUAUAGAAUCUCCUCAUGCGGUGCAGAGCGGACCUAAAGUGAUAAAUGAGCCACUGUCGUGUGCGGCAAGGUUACAAGCUGUUGCAAGCAUGGUAGAGAAACGAUCUAGUCCUGCUGCUUCGCCGAAGCCCAGCGUAGCAUGCAGCCAGCUAGCUUUGCUCCUUUCAAGUGAAGCUCACCUGCAGCAGUACUCCAGGGAACAUGCUUUAAAAGCACAAAAUGCCAGUCAGAUAGCAAGCGAGAGACUUGCAGCUAUGGCCAGAUUACAAGAAAGCGCUCAGAAAGAUAUUGGCCAAUUCGGUUUAGCAAAAGGAAUGACAAGCCAUCUCAAUGGUCAGACAGGAUCAUCCACCAAAACGGUACCUAGCAAAAGCAAUAUGGCACCAUUUCAGAGUUCAGUAGGAAUCAUGCAUUCACCUCCCAAAAAUGUGGGAUACAAAAGUACUUUGGAAAGGAGUAACCUGAAAACCUCUCCCAGCAACAGUUUGCUCUUGCAUCUGCUGAAAAGCCAGAACACCACCCAGCUUGUAAAAGCGCACGAGCAGAGUGAGAGAGCCAGCAUUUUUGAAGACAGCAGCACACCAACAACUAUUGAUGAGUAUUCAGACAACAAUCCUAGUUUUACGGAAGAUGACAGCAGUGAUGAUGAAAGCUCCCAUUCUAACUGUCUUCCUAUAGACCUCUCCUUCAAACAGAGGACAGAUAAACCAGAUGCAGGUCCACCUGCGUCACUGGAUAACCUGACUCAGUCCUUGCUUCAUAACUGGGAUCCAAAAGUGUCCUGUGCAGAGAACAAGGAAGACAAAGACACUCCGAAAGCUUCUAAGCUGAAUCCCCAUCAGAAAGUAACACUACUUCAGCUGUUACUGGGGCAUAAGAGUGAAGAAAAGGUAGACAAGAGUAGUGACCCUCAGGGACCACACAGUGCAGCUGAUGUGGCAAAAUUCACUGUACAGACUGGUAAAAGGACUCCUGUUACGGACAGUCCCAGUGCAAAUCGAAUGACUCCAUUAAGCACUCCACCUUUGCUGGCUUCUGCAAAAGCAGACUCGCCUAUAAAUCUCUCGCACCCAUCGUUAGCCAUCAAGCGCAGCUCGCCACCGUAUGCCUGCAGCAUCCAGCCGGACAGGCUGGUGAAUCCCGCAUCUAAGCAUUUGAUAGACCUGUCUAAAAGCAAAGAAAUUCAAGGAGCCAAGCUGAGCAGGAACGAUAGUCCCCAGAACUCUUCCGCUUUCAGUGCCAGCAAGCUGUUGCAGAACCUCGCUCAGUGCGGCAUGCAGACAUCCAUGUCGAGUGAAGAACAAAGAGCUAGCAAACAGCUGCUAGCAGGGAACACGGAUAAACCUGUUGGCUUGAUUGAUAGAUUGAACAGCCCUCUGCUCACGAAUAAGUUGAGUACGCACGAGGAAAAUAACAAAAUACUCAGUUGUCAGCCUGCACCCUCUGAACAAGGACUUCCAGGUUCGGAAAUAGAAAAUCUCCUUGAAAGGCGCACUGUCCUUCAGCUGCUUCUGGGAACUCCCAAUAAAGGUAAAAGUGAAAAGAAAGAGAGGGUGCUUUUAAGAGAUGAAAGUUCUCAAGAACAGACAGAUAAGGCUUUGCAUGAGCAAAUAUUGACGGUGAAAAUAAAAACUGAACCAUCUGAAGAAUCAAAUGUUCCUUAUAAUUCAAAUGCACAAGUAAGGGAGUGCAAGGGUAACAAAUUUCAAGGAUUUGUUCAUUCACUGCAGAGAAACACAGCUGCUUCUCCAGCAACCGAGGAGUUGAAAUCUGAACCUCUUUCACCUCAAGAUUUCUCUUUUUCCAAAAACGGCCUGCUAAGUAGGUUGUUGAGACAGAAUCAAGACAGUUACCCGGCAGAUGAACUGGACAGAAGUCACCGAAACAGUGAGCUGGCACACCUUGAAUCAAAGAGUCUUUGCACAGUACCGAAGAAGAGGAAGCUUCAUGCUGAGCCUUUGGAAAGCCCGUUAAAGAGGAUGAAAAGUAAUAUGUCUGAUGCUGCAAACAAUCACGCUUCUCCUCCCGAGGCACUCUACGGGCCUUUGCUUAACCAGCAAGAACUGAAAUUCAGCAGAAGCGAAGCUGAAUUUAAAUACGCUGUAAGUCAUGGCUCAAAUAAUGAAAGUGAAAAUAGGAGUUGGUCUAGAGAUAGUAAAGGCUUUAAUGUGUUGAAACAGCUGCUUCUCUCAGAAAACUGUGAGAGAGAUCUGUCACAACAUAGGAAUAACAUACUAAUGGAGGGCAAGAAAAAAGGAAACAAAACCAGUGCAACAAUUAAUAAACCAGAAUUCAGCAUUUCUUCAGUAAAUGCAUUAAUGGGAAGCCCUGUGCAGCAGAACAAUUGUGUAGAUCAUAGAACAUUUCAGUAUCCUGUGGCAGUAAAAAGUCCUGCUGGUUCCCCCUUCCCUGAACAUUUGGGGAGUACAGUGUCUAGACUCGAGUCCGACCAGUUUAGUGUGUGUCCCAUGCCCAGUGAAAAAGGACCCAUCAGAUGGGUGAUCACAGGUAUGGACAAGAAUGAUUAUGAAAAAGACUCUCCAAGACUGACCAAAACCAACCCAAUAUUGUACUACAUGUUGCAGAAAGGUGGCAACUCUGUUAGUAGCCAAGAAGCACAUGACAAAGAAAUCUGGAAUGAACCUUCAUUUUCUGAUAGUUCAACUCACGUUACAAUCAAAGAGGAGUUGACAUCUGAUGCAGAGCUUAAAACUCCUUUUAGUAACUUAAGAAGCCCUUACAACAGCCAUAUGGGGAGUAAGACCUCUCAUCAACACGGUGUAAAUGGAGAAGUGCAUGGACUUCUGGAAAAAGUGCUAGCAAUUAAAAAGGAGCCGGAAUAA